ACCAUUUUGUAAUUUCACAGACUACCAGACAAGAGUAUAAACAUGCAAAUAUGUAAACCUUUUUAUUCUACGUGUCGAUCACGCGGGCAAGCAAUUGUUGAGCUAUAAAGAUCUGCAAGGAUGUACGUCAUACAAACUGCGCCAGUCCAUUUCUAACAAUCCUAGCUCCUCAACAAAAAAAUACAAUAAUUCUCAGUAUGGAUUGAAGGCAGAAUUGCCUAGAUAAAAUGUUUUUCCUGGCUAUUUGCCAUAAAUGGCAUGCAUUAUAUAUAAUUGAACUAGCCGAUAUUAUAUACAACACUUAGUAACGCAUCCUUGUUUCUGAAGUGCAUGUAUAUGCAUUCCUCUUUCAACAAUUAAAUUAGUUUGAAACUCCUAUAGGAUUAGCAUUUGUAGCACACUUCUCACUUAUCAAAAGUUAAAGAGGUUCUCCAAAAUGUUUAGAAAACAUACAAUCCGUCUCCACAUUUAAUAGGGUGAUCAUGCAGCUUACAAAUAGGAAUCGGUGGAAAUGGAAGUCGAAAAUUGUGUACCAUUCACGAAGGAUAUAUUACACUGUAUGUGCAUGUUACACUGUAUGUGUAGGGUUCCAGCAUGCAGUAUACCGUGAAUGUAUGUACAUAUAUAUAUAUACAUUGCAAGCUCGAACUGAUCCCAGAGUUAUAGUUUCACUUUUAAAAACUAUUUAUGAAAUUCGAAUAAUUGCAUUUGCAUUCGGUGUUGGCAUUGACAUUGCACAAUUAUCGCGGUAUUCAGCAAGGCCCUGCUGUGCUUUUCUUUGCACACUUCAAAGAAGCAAUUUUAAUGCAGAUUAUAUCUGUCGCAUCAAAACAAAUCUCGCUUAUACACACAAUUGAAUUUUCCAUAAUUUCGAACUACGCCUCACUCCUGUUUAGACAGGCACAUAUGAAGUCACUAUGGCACAUUUAGCAAGUUGGAAAGUCGUUCUUAUCCAACUCCUCUUCAAUCAGCUAUGUAUAACAGCUACGAAAGAUCAGAAUUACAAGAAAGGAGAGGUAGAGACUGAGCCGAUAGAAAUUGAUAGAGGAACUCGUCAGUACAACCUGUCUUGCAAAGAAAGUAAUACAACUAUCAUCUGGAAGAAAAAUGGUGAAAAAGUUUUCAUUUCUAAAAACAAAUCUGGCUUAACACAUCCGUAUAAGCUCCAUUGUAUUGACAAAGAAGAUGAAGGAAUAUAUACUUGCCAUCCUGAGAAAGAUGGACCUCCUCUAAAGAGAUUUGAUGUUCGGGUUACAUUAAAUAAUACAUUCGACCUAUGUGGCAAAGAAAAAAGAGAAUUAGUAAAAAAGGAUGGUUUCGAGUGCACACCGUACUUAGAAACAGACUAUCCUUGUUGCAAAAAUGCAGCACCGAAUGGUCCAAAAACUAUGAGGACGAGAUUAAAAUUAUCACGCCGGCUUAAAGGAGACAAUUAUUGUGAUAUAUAUAAUGGAAUAGACGAUUACAAGAAUCCCUGGGACAUUUUGGUGGAUUGGAAAGUGAGAGCAACUGGCAGUUAUCGUACAUGGGGUUGGCAAAUCAGCUAUCUUGGUCUUUCUGGAGCAGCGGGUGAACGGGGGUGUGUUCAGAUUAAUAGCGAGAAUAAACUUUUAAAAUGGAAAUUUCGUUCUAAUCGAUUCACCUUGGGAGCAGAAUAUAAAAUAACUGUGCAGGCAUUACCGGAAUCUAUCCAUACUGAUGAACCAAAUGAUGAUUUUAGAAUCGUAAGAAUUCCAACUUUGCAAGACAUGUGUGAAACGAUUGGUAAAGGCUGCAAUUGGGAGUUUUGUUUACCAAUUGAAAAUGUGACAGUUGCAAACGACGUAUUUCCUCCACUUCUUUCGUGGAAUCCUUCCAAACUGUACAAGUCCCGUCAUGUUUAUGAAAUUAUAUAUACGAAUGAAAAUAAGUCUGACACCGAUCGUUUUGUAGAGCCGACAGAAAACUAUACCCACCUUACAGAACUGAAAUACAAGCAUAAAUAUUAUGUUCAAGUUCGACCGGUAUUUAUAGCUUCAAACGACCGUUACCACAUAAUUUAUGGAGAAAGAUCUGAAAAGAUUGCGUUUAAUAAUUUCGUUAAUCCAACUAAUUCCCGUACUCCUAAUACCUCAUCUAAACAUACAUUGAAGAUAAUAAUCUCGGUCUGCGCUACUACGGCAGCAAUCCUAGUGAUUAUAUUCAUUUAUAUAAGAAACAAGUUGAAGAGAAAUCCGGAAAAUAUACCAAAUCCCACCUCAGAAGAUCCAUCCAGAAAUGACAAUUCAGUGCUGCUUGUUCAUGAUGGCCAUUGCAAGUUAUGUAACGACGUCACGCAUAUGUUUGCGAAUGUUCUUUCGGCAACAGGUCGUGUAAAGCCAUUUCUUGACAUUUGCUCGGGAAACGAGUUUAGAGAAUCAGGAUAUGCGUGGUGUGUGGAAAAAUUCCAACAAUGUAGAAAGGUUGUAGUCAUUUGUACAAAAGAGGCAAAGAAAAUAUGGGAAGAUACGAGUUGCCGAGGUUCAAAUACUACAGGCCAUGUACAGCCCUCGUUUCAUCUGGUACUCAGUCUAAUUCUUGGGGAAAAAGCCCACAACAACAACAACAUUCAGGUUGUCCCGGUAUGCUUUGACCAUUCGUCUAAAGACGACAUUCUAUGCUUCUUACGAGACAGGCAAUAUUACUCCUUGCCGUCUGGAAUGAAACAGCUGCUAUCAUGUCUUUGUGACGUUAAUGAAAGAAACAUAGGUGAUACGGCAGAAUAUGAACUUGAAUACACGAUGGAACUGCGACGGAAUAUAAGAAAAUUGGAAAAUGCGAUUCGAAGUGUCGGAAAAAACCAUUGUUGUCCUAAAGGACAUUUUCUGAGGUCUUCAUCUUCCACGUCAGCUGAUGAACAAUACAGUUCACAGGUUUGAUCAAUGAUGCAGCAACUGUCCGCGGCAAUCUUAAUUCCUUCAUCUGGAGUCAUGGAUUAUACUUUGAUGAAAGAUCUAAACUAGUUGCAGUAAUUUCCUGAAUCAAUGCAGAAUGUUAUUGUCCUGGGUGAAACGAACGAACUCACCCACCGGCAACCUCGUGCCCAGGAGGUAAAAAUAGGUUAAAAAUAGCGUGAUUAAUUCCAAAAUCGCACUAUUUUUGAGCAUUCAGUAAUCACAUCAUUUAUAAGCCAAUAAGAUUGAAGCUCUUCACCACAAUGACCAAUCAGAUUUAGUAUUUCAGUUUAAUCAUCCAAUUAAAUUACAGGGAAAA